AGUUUUCCUCUGUCUUCAGUCUUUCUCGAACCUCCUCUCGUUACGGAACUGACCUCGUCUCGUCUUUUGACAUGAAUUCCUUAUUUUUCCAAAUACAAUCGCGCUGGAUUAUUAUAAACAAAAAUAAUCUCUUUUUUCAUUAUGACAAUCAGAAAGAAAAAAAAAUUUGAUUAAAUAGAAACAAAUUUCCAUCCUAUCAGUAAAAGUGUUAAUGUUUCUUUGAGAAAAAAAAGAAAAUAAAUAAUAAUGUACACUAGGAAAUUCAAGAGAGUGAACAUGUGCGGAAAUAAGGUAUAAUCAGUGAAAGCAACCCGGUGAAACAUAGUGUUAAAGGCCUCUGAAAGUCAGUUGUUAACACGAUGAAUUUUAAAUUAAGUCAGGAAACAUUACAGUGGAAAUGUCGAAUCGUGGGAACAAUUAAACAUUGUGAAAUGUAAUUUCCAAAAAAAAAAAAAAAAAAAAAAAAAAAAAAUAGGAAAAAAAUAGUGUCUCUAGAGAAAACUAAUCAAAUCAAGUCAUGAUUACAGAAUGGAAUUCCAAAGUGCCAAGAGAGGAGUGAAAAUAAUUAGACUGCUAAUAUAUAUAUAUAUACUUGCCCCUGCCAAUAAGACUAGCUUAUGUGAAUGUCACAAGCAUAAAUGAUAUGUGAAUUUCAUUAAUAAUGAGCCAUCAAUAUACAAUAUUUCCUCCUCCAUAUAUUGUAUAUGAACUCCAAUAUAAGUGAGAGUAUUAAAUGAAAUUCAAAUAAUAAAAAUUGUUGGCACCUCUUUUAAAACUUCAGUACAUAACAAUCAAUUCGCCAGUUCAAUAUAUACUUCACUCGAUAUUUUUAUAUAUGAAAAAAAAAUAAGAAUAAUAAAACAAAUCGCACUUUAAAAUGCGUUGCAUAACGUUUGAAUUCGUUUUUGAAAUUCUUAAGCUGGACACAUGGUUCGGUCGCCCAAAAAAAUCGGGUCGAGGGGGUGGUGGUCUUGGUCACAACACCAUCCCCCGACCGAAUUCUGGCGAAGAUUUCAACGAAAUCGAACAGCAACGUUCCAUGAUCGAGAGAAUGGAUGAUGAAACUGUUAACGAUCGAUUUGAAGAAAUGUUGGCGAACAUGAAUCUAAAUGAAGAGAAAAAGGAGCCACUUCGACAGCAAUCGGCGGGAAAGAAAAAGGAAAUGUUAAUAUUGCACUAUAAAGGAAGUAUUCAGGAGAAUAAAUCAAAAUUCGAUAAACCGGCCGAUUAUAUACAGUACUUGGCUCAACCAGAUUUAAGUGUAAAUAAAAUUUAUAAUUGUGUCGAAUCACUUAGAAUUGCUCUUACAAAUAAUACAUUGAGUUGGGUGCAAGAAUUUGGAACGAAAGGAUUAAAACAGGUCCUUGCGACACUCAAUGAAUGUUACAGGAAUGACAAUCGAUACGAACGGAUACAGUACGAAUGCAUUCGCUGUUUAAAAGCUAUUAUGAAUAAUACUGUUGGAAUAAAAGAAAUGUUGGCGCAUCAUGAAGCAUUGACGAUAGUCGCCAGAUCUUUGGAGCCAAGUAAACCGGCAGUAAUGUACGAAGUUGUUAAACUUCUUGGCGCAGUUUGUCUCAUUUCGAGUGACAGCCAUAAAAAAGUAUUAGACGCUAUCACAAUGAAUGGAGAAUUUAAAGGUCGCGAACGAUUUCAGCCAAUUGUUCAAGGACUGAUGAAUAAAAAAAAUGAGAACCUAAGGGUCGUUUGUCUACAAUUGAUAAAUUCAAUUAUUUCAUCUGCCGAUGAUUUGGACUUUAGAUUGCAUUUGCGAAACGAAAUAAUGCGAGUUGGAUUGGCCGAUAUUUUGGAUACAUUGGAGGGCGAUGAAUCUGAGGAUUUAGCGACUCAUUUGAAAAUUUUUAACGAUUAUAAAGAAGAGGAUUAUGAGGAGUUUGUCCAAAGAUUCGAUCACGUACGACUUGAAUUGGACGAUGUCAAUGAUUGCUUCGAGGUUGUUAAGAAUAUGGUUAUGGACACUGUCGCUGAACCUUAUUUUCUAUCAAUUUUACAGCACUUGUUAUUUAUUCGAGACGAUUCCCUAGUACGACCGGCGUACUAUAAACUGAUAGAAGAAUGCGUAUCGCAAAUUGUUUUGCACCGAUCAGGAUGCGAUCCCGAUUUUAGUGCAACGAAACGAUUUCAAAUUGACGUUCAACCGUUAAUCGAAACCCUGGUGGAGAAAUCAAAGGCUGAGGAGGAACAUCGUCUGGUGGAGAUGUCUCAAAAAUUGGAGGAGGCAAUCGCGAGGAAGCAAGAGGCCGAGGCUAAAUUGCAACACGCGGAAAAUAAAAUUAAGGAACUCGAAACUGGACGACCGGUUGGUGGCUCCCCUGGUAAAAUUGGAAGUUGUCCGCCUCCGCCACCAAUGCCUGGAAUGGGAGGUGCGCCACCACCGCCUCCAAUGCCAGGAAUGGGAAGGCCGCCUCCACCUCCGAUGCCAGGAAUGGGAGGUGCACCACCACCGCCUCCGAUGCCCGGUAUGGGAGGACCUCCACCACCUCCAAUGCCAGGAAUGGGAGGACCAGCACCGCCUCCAAUGCCUGGAAUGGGACCUCCACCACCUCCAAUGAUGGGAGGCUUUAGGCCGCCCGCAAAUGCUGUUCAAGUCUUGCCACACGGAAUGAAGCCCAAAAAGAAGUGGGAAGUGGAAGGACCACUAAAAAGAGCGAACUGGAAAGCGAUUUUGCCGCACAAAAUAUCGGAGAAAUCGUUCUGGGUGAAAGUUCAGGAAGACAAACUCGCAAGUCCGGAAAUAUUAAAUGGCCUCGCACAAAGAUUCUCAUCGAAACCAAGUGGCAAGAAAAUCGACGACGUUGUUGAUAAAUCGGCACCAGCGAAAAAGAUAAAGGAUCUGAAGGUAUUGGACAGUAAAGCAGCGCAAAAUAUAUUAAUUCUCCUUGGCGGUUCGUUGAAGCACAUGUCCUACGAGGAUGUCAAAACCUGUUUACUUAAAUGCGAAGGUCCUGUUAUCUCGGAUAAUAUUCUUCAGGGUCUAAUUCAGUAUUUACCACCGCCCGAUCAAUUAACGAAAUUGCAAAAUUUCAAAGAUAAUUAUGACGAUUUAACGGAGGCCGAGCAAUUUUGCGUGACGGUGUCGACGAUAAAGCGACUACUUCCAAGACUGAGAUCGUUGAGUUUUAUGCUACGAUAUGAGGAAUUGGUCCAGGACAUCAAACCAGAUAUUGUGGCAGGAACAGCAGCCUGCGAGGAAGUGAAGGGAAGUAAAAAGUUCGCGAAAAUUCUCGAAUUAAUUUUACUUCUUGGAAAUUACAUGAAUUCAGGCUCGAAGAAUGGUCAGGCUUUUGGCUUCGAAAUCAGUUUUCUCACCAAGUUGACGUCAACGAAAGAUAUCGACAAUAGGCAAACUUUGAUGCACUACUUGGUGGAUACAAUAGAGCGAAAGUUUCCAGACUGUUUGAAUUUUAUGGAAGAAUUGACUCACGUUGAUCGAGCGAGUCGCGUAUCCCUGGAGAAUAUUCAACGAACACUUCGGCAAAUGGAGAGUAAUAUCAAAAAUCUCGAGCAGGACGUUGUCAAUGCAAGAAUUCCUCAAAGCGAUCAGGAUCGUUUUGCCGACGUCUUGACUCCAUUUUCGAAAAAAGCCAGAGAAUCUUAUGAGGUGAUGCAAAAUAUGUUCAAAAACAUGGACACUAUCUAUACGGAAAUAUCGGAAUUCUUCGCUUUCGAUAAGCAAAAAUGUACAAUCGAAGAAUUCUUCGGUGAUAUUAAAAAGUUUAAGGACGACUUCACGCAAGCGCAAAAGGAAAUUGUAAAAAUGCGCGAAUCAGAAGAGAAACAGAGAAGAGCAAAGGAGGCGCGCGAGAAGGCGGAAGUUGAAAAAGCGGCACGUGCCGAGAGAAAACGUGCAUUAGUCGAUAUGAACGCGCACGAAACUCAGGAAGGCGUUAUGGACAGUUUAAUGGAAGCACUUCAAAAUGGUUCGGCAUUCAGUCGACCCGAUCAACGUCGCAAACGUCAAACUCGCGUUGCUGGUGGUAAGUUUAAACUCGUCAGAAAUAUUCACUCAAACAGUGUGACAAUAGUAAGACGAAAAUCUAGCGUUCAUCGUAAUUUCACGCGUAUCGCACCAAAUACAAUGUCAAAUGUAGAUAGCGACGAUUAUUUUACACCCGACGAUCAAAAUCAACAAUUCAUCAAGAAUUUAAUAUUCAAAGAGGCAAUGAAAACGCCAAGGAAAAAUAAUAAUAAAUCGAGACUUGAAAUUGUCGAUUUUAUACGUAAGGAGAAAUUUUUUACACCCGAGGAAAAUCAGAGUAGAAUUAAAAAUAUUUUAUUAAGUCAUGCUGAGAAGGCGCCGAAAAAGAAUGAUGUGAUUUAUAAAAUGAGUCGAAUUUUUAAAAAUAAAACAACUGAUUCCCUGAUUUCUAACUCUGAAUUCGAAGAGACGCCGCGAAGAAUUUGUUCUAUUUCCACAAAUUCAACGCAAUUGAGUAAAAAUUACGAUUUUCACACUCCAUCGGCAAAGAAUUAUUUAACGGGACAAAGAAACAAAUCGUAUGAUUCGGUGAUUAAAGAAUUGAAAAUUACAAUGCCAGAUGCAAAUGAAUUGAAUCCAACGGAAAAUGUAAGAAAAGUAUUUAUCGUCGGUAAGAGAAAGAAGAAAAAUAGUUUUAUUCGACGAGCUAUUGUUAAUCGAAGGAAAAAUUCUCGAAAUCAUAAAAGAUCAUUGAAAUUAUUGUCUGAUAAUAAUAUUCAUUAUCAUGAUAAUUAUCAUGAUGAAUUUACAAGUAAUAAUAAUCUUGAUGAGAAUGAGAAUUUUUUCACGCCAAAUCGAUUUUUCUUGGGAAAAAAUUCAAAUUAUGAUAACGAUAUUGAUGAUGAUGAUGAUGAUGAUAGUGAAUUGAGAGAAAAUUCUUCUUCUCUUGCUGUUGUGAAUAAUUAUCAUGGAAAAUUCUCACCGAUUGCUAAACAUUAUAGGGGAUCGAUUACAUCGCAGAGUAGCGAGGAAAAAAAGAAAACUUGGAAAUUGUGGAAAAAAUUGGGUGAUUCGGCAAAGAGUGUUAAACGAAAAUAUAAUGUCAAGCAAACCACUGAAUCUGAAAUUGGAAAAUAGAAAUUGAAAUUAUUUUUAGACUUUUUCAAAAUUGAAUGUAAUUUGUUUUUUAUUUUAUUUCUGAAACGAUUUAUUUUUAUAAUUAUUUUUUGAUGUUUUUGAAAUAAUUGAAUUU